AUGGUUGGUUUACCAGCUAGGGGAAAAUCCUAUAUAACAAAAAAAUUGAUAAGAUAUUUAAACUGGUUGCAAUACAACUGCAAGAUUUUUAAUGUUGGAAACAAAAGAAGAUCAUCAAAACAAAAUCAUGGAGCUGGUUCAAACCCUCUUACAAAACCGAUUCUUAAUCAUCCUGAAUCUCAUUACAACAACAAUGAUAAUAAUGAUAAUAAUGAUAAUAAUGAUAAUAAUGAUAAUUUUGAAAUUGAUCAUUCUUCAAAGAUUUUUGAUCCAAAUAAUAAAUCGUACUUGGAAAUGAGAGAAAAUUGGGCAAUGGACACUUUGGACAACUUGUUGGAUUAUCUUAUCAACCAAAAUGGCACUGUUGGUAUCUUCGAUGCCACCAACACCACCAAAUUAAGAAGACACCAUGUUUAUCAAAGAAUCAAACAUAAAUCAAAUUCAACAUUAAAAGUUCUUUUUUUAGAGAGUAUCUGCACUGAUACUUCUAUUCUCGAAAGAAAUAUAAAUUUAAAACUAUCUGGUCCCGAUUACUCAAAUUUAGACCCAAUCUUAGCCUUGAAUGAUUUCAAACUAAGAUUGAAAAACUACGAAUCUGCUUAUGAAACAAUAGAUGAUGAUGAAGAAGAAUUUUAUGAAAAUAUUGACAACGGCUUGCAAUAUAUUAAAAUUAUAAACGCCGGUAAAAAGAUCUUAUCCUACAACAUAUCUGGCUUUUUAUCCUCCCAAAUCGUUUCUUACCUAUUGAAUUUCAAUUUAAAAUCAAGACAAAUUUGGUUAUCAACUCAUGCUCAGUCUUAUGAUGAUAAAUAUAAUAUAAUCGGCUAUAAAUCUCUCUCAGAUAACAAAACAAAUACAUCUUUAACCCCCUUGGGUAAAAAAUAUUCAAAGACUUUAGUUCGUUUCUUAAAUGAAAAGCAAAAAGAAUUUAGAUUAGAUCAAUUCAAAAAUUCUUUUCUUGAUAAAAAGGACCAAUUAUUAUCCACAAUUAAAUCAAAAACUACUGCUCACCAUCCGAUUUCAAUUUCAAAGAAAAAAUUAAAUAUUAAAGUGGAUAAUCCUCUCAACUUUAGUGUUUUUUCUUCAAUGCUAAAUCCAACUAUUGAAACUUUAACUUUUUUUGAAAACGAUACUGACAAUUAUCAAGUCAAGCAAAGUAAAAGAUUAAAUGAACUAUCCUUUGGUUCACUAAACGGCUUAACUCCAAACCAAUUUAAAUCGAAAUUUCCUCUAGAAUAUCAAAAAUAUUGUUCAAUCUUUAAUAGCAACAACAUUAAUGAAAAAUUACAUUAUAGAUUUCCCAAUAAUGGUGAAUCUCAUCUAGAUGUGAUUAACAGAUUAAGACCCUUUAUAAUUGAAUUGGAAAGAUUGUCAAACCACGUUCUAGUAAUCUCUCAUGAGAUCGUGUUGAGAAUCUUAUUAGCUUACUUUAUGAAUCUUGAUAAAGAAUUUUUAACUGAUUUAAAAAUUCCUCAACAUUCGGUUUAUGUUCUUGAACCUAAACCUUACGGUUUAAGCUGGGAAAUGUAUCAAUAUGAUGAAGAAAUGGAUUGGUUUUUUUCUGUUGAAAAAGAU